AUCCAAGGUGGACAGAACAAGACAGGCAGACGGGAGGAUGCAGGGAGGCCUGCAGAGGCAGCGGUGGGAGGCAGCAUCAGGGACUCAGAGCAGGGAGGGGAAAGAGCCCCAGAAAGAGGAGGUGGUCGGGCUGGGUGCGUGCACACACACACAAGCACACACCACAGACACAGUGGCUCGGGUCCGGGGCUGAGAGCAAUCUUUCUCCCCAAGUCACCCAAGGAAACAGUCUGACUGGAAGGGGCACAGACCCAAGCAGGAACUCCUUAAGAGCAGAAAAGGUGCACCUGCUCACAGGGACACCCAGGGUGCCCGACGGAGGGCAGAGUCUGAGGAGAGCCCCACGGGAGAGCAGCUGCUCCCCACGCUGACUGCCCCCCACCCCCUGCAGCCAGUGCAGACCCCACCUCAGCCUGCACCCCAGGGCCCCCAUGCCUGUCUCCUCAGUUCAGACGUCCCUGCCAGCGGCAGGGCUAAACAGGGUCAGCUCUGCCCUCACACACUGCUCCUUGGCCACACCGGCUCUUGGUCCCACUGCCAUGCUGUCCCUGCCUGGGACCUCACCCUCCUCUUUGCUGCCCUUGGGGCCUCUGCCCACCCUCCACAAUGAAAAGCCAAGUCCUGAGCCUGAGCCAUGCCUAGGGAGGGGGAUCCUUUGAGCAGAGGUCAUUGUGUCAUCAUACAGACAGUGAUCUAGAACCCACCUCUCGCAGAGCCACAUUCUAGAGCUCGGGGGCCAGGACCCCUCCCAGUUCUCAGCCCCCAGCGGGGAGAACAGAGGAGAGGCCCUCCUCUCCAUGCUCCUUUUUCGCAAACUCCCUGGCAGCGAGGCUGGCGUGACGGGACCACCUCUGAGGAGGCUGGGUCCAUAGAUUGCUCUGAGUGCCACUCCUGGACUGGAGAGGUAAAGGCCCCCACCCCACGCACAGCCUCACCCAGGGUGUUCCCCACCUGUGCCCACUGUGCUGGCCCAGUUGCACCAGGGUUUCCUGGGGAGGAGGAACCUGCCAGUGAGCCAGUGAGGGGUGGUCAGGGAGGGCUUGUCCACAGGGGCCUGAUGCCCCUCCCCUUGGGGGCUGGUCAGGGACAGGGACAGGCAACCCACUGCCUCGGCCCAGGCCCCGGCCUGAGACCCCACCAGGGCGGCUGUGGCCGCAGUUCUACCAUCAGUAGGAGGAAGGAUCGGGGGGUGCCUCCAGCACCUGGUCACCCUCCCAUCCGCGGACAGGGCCGGCCAUGGCCGAGGAGGUGUGGGUGGGCACCUGGAGGCCCCACCGGCCCCGGGGGCCUAUCGUGGCCCUCUACAGCAGCCCUGGGCCCAAGUACCUGAUUCCACCCACCACAGGCUUUGUGAAGCACACGCCCACCAAGCUGCGCGCACCAGCCUACAGCUUCCGUGGGGCCCCCAUGCUCCUGGCAGAUAACUGCUCCCCGGGGCCCCGCCACAGCGUGAACCCCAAGGUACUGAGGACUGGCAAGGACCUUGGCCCUGCCUACUCCAUCCUGGGGCGCUACUACACGAAGAUCAUGCUGACCCCUGGCCCCAGUGACUACUUUCCAGAGAAGUCUACCAAGCACAUAUUCGAUUCGGCUCCCAGCCACUCCAUUUCUGCCCGGACCAAGACCUUCCGAGUGGACAGCACCCCAGGUCCUGGAGCCUACAUGCUGCCCGUGGUGAUGGGGCCCCACACGGUUGGCAAGGUCACGCAGCCCUCCUUCUCCAUCAAAGGCCGCAGCAAGCUGGGCAGCUUCAGCGACGACCUGCACAAGACUCCAGGUCCUGCCGCCUACCACCAGACUGACAUGCGGGUGACUAAGUUCAAGGCUCCACAGUACACCAUGGCGGCCCGGGUGGAAACCCCAGGGGAUAAGACCCUCAAGCCAGGACCAGGAGCCCACAGUCCUGAGAAGGUGACAGUGACCAAGUACUGCGCCCCCAUUGUCACCUUCGGCAUCAAGCAUUCUGACUACAUGACACCCCUGGUUGUGGAUGUGGACUAGCCCUGGCCCCCACCCCACCCCGUCACCCAGAGCCUCUGCCCACCGCGUUCCCACAACAGACUCCUCGGCCACGGGCUCAGGAGGCCUCUUCUACCAGGUGGGCUGCAACCGCCUGGCCCCGCAGGGCAGCAUGCAUAUUUGGACAAUCAUGAGCAGCUAUUUUUUCUGUGCCACUUUCCCAUUUGUUAUUGUUUCCUGCUCUGCCCAGAUAUUUAAUAAACAAGAUUCUAUUAGCAAUGGGUUUGUCUUGGGAGAAGAGCAAGGUUUUCCAGAAAGGAGGCCCCUGGGCCAUCAGUGCCAGCCAUGUUGGGUCCUAUCCUGGCUUCCAGGACUGGGCUCUGAGUGGAGAGGGCACCAGACACCCUGCCCGCCUGCCCUCCACAUUGCUGUACACUCCCCACGGUCGUACGUGCAUCCAUCCCCUCCCACACGGUCUUCCCCCCGCUUGACUGACGCUCCCCGUGGAGAGAUGGGGUCUUGUCCCUCCCUCACAUCUGGGUCAGACCCUGGAACUGCCCUGAAUAAAGUGACUUCCAAGGAGAGGGCACAACACACCACGGAAACAGCUUCGGCCGCACGACCCCCACCCUGCUCACCUUCUCCAGGCACCACGCUGCGAGGAGGCCACACAGUGAAGCCAUGUGUGGCAUCCAGCCCAGCGGGGCCCCAAGCUCACUGCAACACUGACCUGCAGACCCGAGGGAGCCUCAGGUAAUGGCAGCCCAGCCUCCCAUCUCCCAGCCGAGGCCCUGACACGCCAGAGCAGACACAGGCAAUGGCAACGUGAGUUCUAGGUGAUGUUACGCAUCAGAGCCAACAUGGGCAGCACAGCAGGACACAGGCAGGGAAGGGUGGUGAGCAGGGCCUGAGGGGCACUUUCAGAGGCCACCCUGGCGUCCGAGGCCAGGCCUGAGGAGUGGGGUCUGGAUUCCACCUCAGCCCCCGGG